GCCCCUGCUGGGGGGGCGCAUGCGCAGCCCGCGUUAGUGAUGGAGGAGAGAAGAUGGCGGAAGCGGAAUUUAAGGACCAUAGUACAGCUAUGGAUGGUGAACCAGCUGGGACGUCUGUGUCGACGACAACCAGUAGCACGACCACUACCACCAUCACCACUUCCUCCUCUCGGAUGCAGCAACCCCAGAUCUCUGUCUACAGUGGUUCAGACCGACAUGCUGUACAGGUAAUUCAACAGGCAUUGCACCGUCCGCCCAGCUCGGCUGCUCAGUACCUCCAGCAGAUGUACGCAGCCCAGCAGCAGCACCUGAUGCUGCACACGGCAGCUCUGCAGCAGCAGCACCUCAGCAGCUCCCAGCUUCAGAGCCUCGCUGCUGUGCAGGCAAGUUUGUCCAGUGGAAGACCACCUACAUCCCCCACAGGAAGUGUCACACAACAGUCAAGUAUGUCCCAGACAUCCAUCAACCUCUCCACUUCUCCUACACCUGCACAGUUAAUAAGCCGUUCCCAGGCUGCCAGUUCUACCAGCGGCAGUAUUACCCAACAGACUAUGUUACUAGGGAGUACCUCCCCUACCUUAACGGCAAGCCAAGCUCAAAUGUAUCUCCGAGCUCAAAUGCUGAUUUUCACACCCGCUACCACUGUGGCUGCUGUACAGUCUGACAUUCCUGUUGUCUCGUCGUCAUCGUCAUCUUCCUGUCAGUCUGCAGCUACUCAGGUUCAGAAUUUAACAUUACGCAGCCAGAAGUUGGGUGUGUUAUCUAGCUCACAGAAUGGUCCACCAAAAAGCAGUAGUCAGACUCAGUCAUUGACAAUUUGUCACAACAAAACAACAGUGACCAGUUCAAAAAUCAGCCAGCGAGAUCCUUCUCCAGAAAGUAGUAAGAAAGGAGAAAGCCCGAGUCUGGAAUCCCGAAGCACGGCUGUCACCCGGACAUCAAGCAUUCACCAGUUAAUAGCACCAGCUUCAUAUUCUCCAAUGCAGCCUCAUUCUUUAAUAAAACAUCAGCAGAUUCCUCUUCAUUCACCUCCUCCCAAGGUUUCCCAUCAUCAACUGAUACUACAACAGCAGCAACAGCAAAUUCAGCCAAUCACACUUCAGAAUCCAACUCAAGACCCACCCCCAUCCCAGCAUUGUAUGCCACUCCAAAACCAUGGCCUUCCUCCAGCUCCGAGUAACGCCCAGUCACAGCAUUGCUCACCAAUUCAGAGUCACCCCCCUCCUUUGACAGUGUCUCCUAGUCAGUCACAGUCAGCGCAGCAGUCCGUAGUGGUGUCUCCUCCCCCACCUCAUUCACCAAGUCAGUCUCCUACUAUAAUUAUUCAUCCACAGGCACUUAUUCAGCCGCACCCUCUUGUGUCAUCAGCUCUCCAGCCAGGACCAAAUCUGCAGCAGUCCACUGCUAAUCAGGUGCAAACUACAGCACAGCUGAAUCUUCCAUCCCAUCUUCCACUUCCAACUUCCCCUGUUGUACACAUUGGCCCAGUUCAGCAGUCUGCCUUGGUGUCUCCCAGUCAGCAGAUUGUCUCUCCAACCUCACACCAGCAAUAUUCAACCCUGCAGUCUUCUCCAAUCCCAAUUGCAACCCCUCCACAGAUGUCGACAUCUCCUCCAGCUCAGAUUCCGCCACUGCCCUUGCAGCCUAUGCAGUCUUUACAAGUGCAGCCUGAAAUUCUAUCUCAGGGCCAGGUUUUGGUGCAGAAUGCAUUGGUGUCAGAAGAGGAGCUUCCAGCCGCAGAAGCUUUGGUCCAGUUGCCAUUUCAGACCCUUCCUCCUCCACAGACUGUGGCGGUAAACCUGCAAGUACAACCUCCAGCACCUGUUGAUCCACCAGUGGGAAUGCAUUUGAACCAGUGUCAUCUGCACAAAGUUUUUUCACUUAAGGUUUAUCAAGUUGAAGAUGUGUGUGAAGAAGAAAUGCCAGAAGAGUCAGAUGAAUGUGUCCGGAUGGAUAGAACACCCCCACCACCAACAUUGUCUCCUGCAGCGGUGACUGUGGGGAGAGGAGAAGAUUUGAGUUCUGAACAUCCUUUGUUAGAGCAAGUGGAAUUACCUGCUGCUGCGUCAGUCAGUGCUUCAGUGAUUAAGUCUCCGUCAGACCCCUCACAUGUCUCUGUCCCUCCACCUCCGCUCUUACUUCCAGCUGCGACCACAAGAAGUAAUAGUACGUCUGUACCCGGCAGCAUCCCCAGCAUAGAGAACAAACCUCCAAAGGCAAUCGUUAAACCCCAGAUCUUGACCCAUGUCAUUGAAGGCUUUGUGAUUCAGGAGGGAUUGGAGCCAUUUCCAGUGAGUCGUUCAUCUUUGCUAAUAGAACAGCCUGUGAAGAAAAGGUCUCUUUUGGAUAAUCAGGUGAUAAAUUCUGUGCAUGUUCAGCCAGAGCUACAGAAUAAUGCAAAGCAUGCAGAUAACUCCUCUGACACAGAGAUGGAAGACAUGAUUGCUGAAGAGACAUUAGAAGAAAUGGACAGUGAGCUGCUCAAGUGUGAAUUCUGUGGAAAAAUGGGUUAUGCUAAUGAAUUUCUGCGGUCAAAACGAUUCUGCACUAUGUCAUGUGCCAAAAGGUACAAUGUUAGCUGUUCUAAGAAAUUUGCACUUAGCCGUUGGAACCGUAAGCCUGAUAGUCAGAGUCUUGGGCAUCGUGGCCGCCGUCCAAGUGGUCCUGAUGGGGCAGCAAGAGAACACAUCCUUCGGCAGCUUCCAAUUACUUAUCCAUCUGCAGAAGAAGACUUGGCUUCUCAUGAAGAUUCUGUGCCAUCCACCAUGACAACUCGUUUGCGCAGACAGAGUGAGCGGGAGAGAGAACGUGAGCUUCGGGAUGUGAGAAUCAGGAAGAUGCCUGAGAAUAGUGACUUGCUACCGGUUGCACAAACAGAGCCAUCUAUAUGGACAGUCGAUGACGUCUGGGCCUUCAUCCAUUCUUUGCCUGGCUGCCAGGAAAUUGCAGAUGAGUUCAGAGCACAGGAGAUAGAUGGACAGGCCCUUCUUCUGCUGAAAGAAGACCAUCUCAUGAGUGCAAUGAACAUCAAGCUAGGCCCGGCUCUAAAGAUCUGUGCACGCAUCAACUCUCUCAAGGAAUCUUAGAAGAAACCUGAGGCUUUGAUGAAACAGCAGUUUUACUCCUCUCAAACAGACGUGUAGGGUAAAAGCCUGAGUUGACCUAGAAUAUUAUACUUUUUGUGGUGGGUAGCCAAGCACAUUGGAAUCUCCUCAUCAAAUCCAGACAUUUCUUCUAGAAAUGUAAUAAUUCAUCACACAUUUUCAUAAUUUGCCAACAUUGGUGACAUUAAUUUUACAAGAUACAUGCAACAUUGAAAGACUUGUUAUAGAGGGCCAUGAUAUUUUUCAAAGAAACGUGUUAUACUAGAUAAUUUUUUAAAGGUGAUGUUUAUCAUUAAUAUAAAUCCUUUUAAAAGUAAUUUAAUGAUUUACAUUUCUCCUCUUUUGAUUCGAUUUUCUUAUACAUUUUUCUACCCUGUUAGUUUUCUAAAUGUUGACAUGAGAAAGAUGUUAUGAGAUAAUUUAGGAGUCCAGUGAUGGGAUUGUAUGCAAUGAAAUCUCAAUGUGCAUUUUUAAAAAUGUGUCUUUAGACAGAUACUCUGUCUAUAAAAAAAGGAUUGCAUUCUAGCAUGAAAAUACUGAUCUGGAAGUCAGAGAGGUGGUUUCUGUUCCAAACUUGACCAAGAUUUUGGUUUGACUGAGAAAGUUUUCCUCUUAAGUUUUUAUACAUUUUGGGCAGUGGUUUUGGUGGAGCUCUGCAGAUGGCAUUGGCAAUGUCUAGGGACAGUUCAUCAUCACAGCUUGAGGCUGGGUUUGGCCAAGGAUUGCUACUGUAUCUAGUGUGUGGAGACCAGAGAUUGUUGCUACAUAACAUACAGUGCACAGGACAGCCUCCCCACAAAGAAUUACCUGGUCCAAACUGUCAGUCAUGCCAAGGUCAAGAAAUCCUGAUGGAAGAGGAGGAAUGAUAAAUGUUGCUUUUUCAUCGAAAGGGAUAUUUGAAAAAGAUGGGGCAUGAUAACAAACCCAUUCACAAUGAAAGCGUUAUUCACAUAGCAUUAAUGUUUGGCUGAAAUACUUUUCCAGUUUUAUGCAUACUAGAAAAGGGGGGAGGAUCCAUAAGAUUGGCCUAUAAAAUAAAGACUAGAAUACAAAUAAUUGGGUUUUCAGAAAGUACUGACUCAUACUAAUUACCUUUCAUAUCUCUGUACUCCUCGGCACUGAUGAAAGCGUGAUGCUGCCACCCUUCUGAGUCAGUGCAUAGCCUUCUCUGGCAGAGAGAUCAUAGUGAAUCGCUCUUUGGGCUUUUUCUAAUGUUGAACAUGUUGGGUCUGGCUAGAAUGUACAUUCCUCUUCCCUUUAUUAAGCGCUUGCGUGCUUUCUGCAAAGUACUUACUAGGUUAUUUUUCCUGGAUGAUCAGAUAAGAUUUUGUUUGUACGUGUUGUAGGGGAAAAUUUUUUCAAAGCAAAGCUUUUCACUAAAGUGAAAGUGUUCUACGGAAUUAUGACACUAAAGCAAAAUUGUUUGUGGGAACCCUGACAGCUUUACAGUCCUGGACGUCAACACUUUUAUUUGAGAAGAUUAUGAAGGUUUUGUUACAAUCUUUUCUUAUAUCUUUACUACAUAAUUGAGAUAUUUUAGUAAUUAAAGAAAUAUCCACCAAACUUGGCAGAAGUUCAGUAUUUGGGAGGAAAAAGUCCAUGGGUUUCAGGCAUUUUCACUGCUCUUUUGAGCAAGACUGUGUUAAGCUAGGAGAAGACUGAAGAUGUCACUGAGGACAUCACAGAUAUUUAUCUUUUGGCUUUGUGUACAUUAGAGAAUGUUGAUUAUUUUUAUACAGAAAUACAGCGGGUAAUUUUUUAAAUCUUUAGAUGCCUCUUGUUUGAAUGUAUGCUUUGUGGGGUUCUUUGUGUAGUAAUGUUUAAAAAAAGAUGUUUACUGGUCCUUGUGUGUAGGGUUAGAGUGUGUCCAGGCAAGGCUCAUGUUCCAGACCCACAGUAGCUUGUAGUCUAUGUCGCAUAUUUCUGUAUAUCACAUUUUUGAUUACUGGAUUACAGUUUCAAGGACUCCCCUAGCAAUAAUGAGUACCCUCCAUACUGUAGUAGCUGUCAUCUUCAAGGUGUUAACUUUUCAGGUGUUUUGUAGGCACUCCUUUGUAGUAGUUACUUCCUCUCCUAGUAUCAGGCGAUGCUUACUGAAAGCUCCUGUGCCUCACACAUCUAGGUAUCUAGGGGGAGCUAACACGGGGAUUUAUACUGGAGAACACCUUAUACUCUUACAUCUUAUAGUCUUAAAACGAAUCUGGAUUUUCUGUUGUCCCCACUCAGAACAUACUCAGAAAAUACACUCGUUUUUUUUCCAGUGCAUUCUUUUGAUUAGAAACGGCUCAUAUGUUGGCAACCGCUCGUUCUCCCGUUGGUGCAGCUCUUAGUUUCUCUGAGAUGAGAUCACAAUCAUCUUAAUGUCAGAGCUUCUCAUACAGUUAGGGACAGUAGGUACAGAAGUAACUCUGCAUGUCCAUCUUUUUCCUGUAGGCACAGUUUCAGUGUGAUACAGGUGGGAGAGUGUGACUAUUGUUCAUUUCUUUGUGUAUUGCUAAUUGUUUUAGGAUUUUGAUUGGGGAGAGAGAUUGACAAGCAGGGGGAAAAGAGAGGUUCUGAUUUUAGCUACCUAAGUUUUGCAUUUCCUGACUUUAAGCUGUAAUACUCUUUUUUUCUCUGGGGAAAACCCUAAGUUUGAAAUUUUAUUUGCUUUAAGCCUUGUGUUCCUAAGUAAACCAAGAACUGCUUUGUAAAUUAAUUUUUUUAAGACAGUAAUGCUCAUCGAUUCUCGUGUAGGCAUUUGUAAGACACAGCAAUGCUGUUUUGUUAUGUUCAACACAGUAGGUGACAAAGCACUGUCUCCUAAGCUAUCACUUUGCAUGAUACUUUAAAUUUGUUGUAAAAUCUUCUAAAGCCUUAGGACAGGGAAGAAACAGACAGAGCCCAGCCAUCUUUGUUAGGUUAGCCCACUUCACCACUGAACACACUUAAGCACUUUUAAAGUGAAUAUUUGUAUUUUACCUAGUUCAAAAUAGAAAUUCUUUUCUUUUCUUUCUUUUUUUUUUCCUUAGGUAUCUUAGUAUUUAUUUUUGUUUCUUGGCCUAUAAAAUAAAGACUAGAAUACUUUAGAACUAUAUGAAAGAAGUAUUAUUGUGACCACACUUUUGAAUAAUUUUUGAUAUAGCUAAUCUUUAUAUAUGAAGCAUAAAAUUUAAUCAGACAUCUCUUUACAAAUUCAAGUCUUAGAUUUCUUACUGGCUUGUUCAAAUACGUGUUGAAAAGCCCGUUAUUUUCAUAAGACAUUGGUGUCGCCAGGGCACAAGUAUGGUAAGGAGGCAUUGCAGGUGUAGUUUCAGGCUGUGUGCUCAUGCAACGUGUCUGAGCAGGUUUGGAGAGGAUCAGCUGUUGUAGAUGUGGAAGUGUGGCUCACGCUGACCUCACGGCCUUAUGGAAUUCCUGACUGAAAUGAGAUGGAAUUCCCGAUUGGACACAGAAUAUUUUAAAGACGCAUUUCACGCAGAACAGCUUGGUUAUGUUUUGUGAUUUGAAAACUCUCAUCCUUGGGGAAUGACAGCAUGCACGCUGCCUCUGCCUACUGGCAUUGAGCAUGAGCUAACAGCAUGACAGGGCCUCACCUCACUUCCUCCCCACAAAGCUGCCUCCAGCCCCGAGAAAACUUCCUUCUUAGAGAGACCUUUGCUUGAGAAUCUUUAGAGGGGCUGUUGCACUGGGGCUAAUUUUAGGGAGGGAGGUAACUAGAGCGAGACUUUCUAGCACCGAACAGUUACGCUUCAGUGAGCCUUUAGGCAUUGGAAACUGCCCGUCUGUGCAGUGUCUGCUCAGUCUGAUUCUUGGCACCAGAUAUGUAACUAGCUGAGCCCUGGGAAGGUUUUCUAGGAAGGAUGGGAAAGUGGACAAGGUGGAGGAAGACAGCAUUCCAGACCCAAGAGGAUAGCACCGUUAACUAAGUGAAUUUAUUUAAUAGUAUAGAUAUGUCCGUCAUCAGUAGCUCAAAACAAUAAAUUAUAAUUUUUGGAUCCCAGUUACAUCAAACAAGCACUAUGGGUUUUAAUAUGUCAAGAUUUAUUUGUAUUCAAAUUCAUUCUUUCACUCUCUUCAUCAAGCGAUCCUGCCCAUACGAGCAUGGGUAUUACGAGUUUCAAUGUGACAUAAGUUAGUGAUUUUUGAUUUCUGAAAAAGAUGACAGCUAUUGUAGUCAGAGAAUAUUUGUCAAAAUUAGACAGUUUAUUGUUAUACAUGAAUUGUCAGAAUUACAGAGAUGUUUCUCUUUUCAGAUGCUACAGUUGGAUUAACCUUGUAGAUGUUUUACGAAGGGCAUUUUAAGAAAGUAUUUACUUGUUAGGUUUUCUCAGUCUAAGAAUUGGGUGACCGUGACUGCAGGUCUCUUUAUUAGUCUGGAUAUCAUUAAACACAAGCCUACCUCUAUUUCUUUGGUGCACAGCAGUGUGUAUCAUGAAGUGAAUGGUCUGAUCCAUUUCAUCAACAUUGGUAUUUUGUAAAUCUAUUUGGAGCAUUUGAUUUCAUCUUAAAAGAUUGUGAUUCAGUUUUGAUAAGCACAAAUACAGUAUUAGAAAACUAAAUAUGCAAUCUUACCAAAAUCUAAUUUUAACACCUUAAGCCGUACAUCUUAAAAAAAAUUUCUUUGGCAAGAGAAUCCUCUUUUGUUAAAAGUUUAUAAAAUGUAUCAUUAUAUAGUUUUCUUUAUAGCAGUAAUGCAUGCCAUUUCUUCAAUAAAAUUGUUUAAAAUUAUAUUACUUUCUUUGGAAAGAGUUUCCUCAAUUUUUAAUAGUUUUUAAAUUUUACCUAUUUUUUUAGAGUUUAAUCUAUUUUAAAAUUAUUAUAUAAGAGAACUUUUCUUGAAAGUUGAAAGCACUAAUACAAAUAAAAAUUUUAACAAAUAAAAUGAUGCCCAUCAUAUUCCCGAGAAAAAUGUUGGGCCUUUCCUGAACUUUCACUGUAGUAAACAUGCUUGAAGAGAGCACAGUCCCCAUUCUAGACCUGAGAUCAGCUUCUUGAACGCAGACCACCCUCCUUUCGACACAAACGUGCGCACAGCACUUGCAAGUGGCACGUUUGUAGAACCUUUGGGGAAAAUGUUUUCCACCAUUCCCCCCCCCUUGUUUUUACUUGUGGACAAUUAAUUUUAUUAAAAUAUGACAACUUAAAUCUGACAUUUAGAGAAGAGGUACAAAAUGAGGUUAUGGCUAAAGCUUUGUACUUUAGAAAAUUAUUUUUUUCUAUCAUCUUUCAGAAGUACAACUGUUAAUCUCAGUGAUACUGGUGGUGUUCAGUAUAAACCCAUAGAAAGAAAACAAAAUUUGUUGCUUUAAAAGAAAUAUAGUAAUGAAUGAAUUUUAUUUGGGGGAAAAUCAAUAUAAUUUUAAAACAUUGCUAAUGCUAACAUGGCAUAAUUUAAAUAUGAGAGUGAGAUAGUAAGUCCUCUCAGACUGUUUAAAUGGACUCCAGUAAUUACUAUCUUAAGGAUUGAUGGGAGCCAUCAUUUGUUGGCUGUACAAAUUACACUUUACGUAAUAUUAUCAGUGUUAAAUCCAUGUUUUGUGGUGUUUUAAGUGACACCUGUGGAAAAGUUGGUGUUUAGAGUGGUGAGGCUUAUAGUGAAACAAACAUCACCCUAUUUAGAAAGAAGGAAUUUUUUAGCAUUGCCUGAAGUAAACCAGGAGUAUCCAGUGUUUAAAAUCUUUGUUCAGAAUGUUUGUCUUCAAAGUGUUGCUUUUCUUUUGUUUUGGGUAGUAUUGAAUAAUGAGAGAAUAGCCUACUUCAGUAGUAAGUAAAACGUGGACACCCUCAGGGGCCAUGAUGAGUGAAGAGGAACACACUGGACUGGAGACUGGGUCUAUUCCCAAUUGGUCGAUUAACGCCGUGACCCCUUGGGCAGUUCUCAGUUUCUAACCUCAUCUGAAUACGCAGUGUGGUUCCUACACCACACAAAUGUUUAUUUUGUUUUUAAAUCCUCUUUAAGGUGCCACCUAACUCUAAAACUAUGAUUCAAAGCCACGUCGUGGGUUAUUUUUUUAUCCCUACUUAGGUCCCUUUCUCUUUUUCAUAGUUCAUUUUUUACUUAAGAGCUUCUGCUAAAAGCUAUUAGGUAUCCAUUUCCUGGGUUACUUAGUCCUUCUCCUAAGGAUUAAGUUAGAAAAUCCACAGAGACAGCAAGAGAAAACUUUUUAGAAAUGCUACUUACUGGUUGACUAUUGAGCAUAUAGACACAUGUAAACACUCAUUCGUGUGCUUAUUUUGCAAACCAUUUGAACACUUAAACAUGCAGAAUGUGGUAUAUGAGACUUAAGCAACCAGUAGUAAGUAAAAUCUUCCUAAAUGUAAUACAUAAUGGCUUAAAUAAACAUGGACCUAAUUACUACUUAAUGUGCUGACCCUAAAACUUGGAACUGAGAGGGAAUUUUUUUCUGCAUUGGGUAAAGGAUUCAGCUAAAUAACAGCAAAGGGGUCUGUGUGAAUCUCACCAGGUUCCUGUAACAUUUCACCUACUACACAUGAAUGGAAUGAAUGAUCUUUGAAGAACAUUGUGACAGCCCAUAUUUCACAGCAGCAUUUCGGCACUUUUAUCUGUUCCAGAGUUGUUGCUGUCUGUACAGGGUAUAGCAGGACAAAAGCUGGUGGACCACUAUACAUUUUAACUACAAAAGCUUCUACCCAAUGUCAGUAGUGUAACCGCCCUCUGAAACUGAGAAGUCUCCAAGAGGUCACUGGAACAGGCUUGUUUUUUACUUUUUUUUUGGGAGGGGGGGUAGUGGUGGUUUGUUUGUAUUUUUUUAAAUGUUAGAUGAUACAAAAGUUUUAUUGUGUUUUAGGAUUUUUACAAAUGUCCACCUUUUCAAGAUGCCUAAGACGCAGAAAUGUAAAAGCACAUGCAGUAGGUAGUAAGAGGCUGUCUUUAAGAUGCAGAGCUGAUAAACAGGAGACUGCUCUGAUUUCAGUUGACAGGUCUUCGGUGAGUAAACACUGAGUGGGAGAUUUGAUUAUUUACUGGGUAAAGGUCCCUCGUCACUCUGGGAUUUUGUGAAUUACACUGUCAUUCCUUUUGACACAGCUUUAAAUAUUAACAUCAGUUGAUACUAACAUUCUACAUAAGGUGCAGAAUGAAAACAUAUAGUACUUAAAAAUAUUUUACAUAUCAUAGUUGCAGCUUUUUAAGUAGGAAAAUAUCCAAGUAAGUGAUGGAUUGGAAACUAUUGGAAUCUUUCAAACUGACUGAAAACAAAAAACUAGCAUCUAAGUAGCCAGAUAGUCUGAGUUUUUAAAAAAUUGUUCCAUAGAACUGAUUAAAAAUUCCAUUUGAAGUGUUUUAAUUUUCUAAAGUGUACUAAUUUUCCAAAUAGUUUAUGCUGUUAAAAUAAUCUGUUGAAUAAAUACUUUUUACAUAUGUAUUCUUCAGUUUUGCAACUGAAUGUACAAAAAUAGUAAAUUUCAGAUGUGUAAUUUCCAAGUUGUUUAACUAGAUUCCCAAUCAUCUCAUUCAAAACCUUGGUCUUUGUUUUUCCCAUGGAGGAAAAGAGUCCAAGUUCCAAGUAAGGGUUGUGCUCACAGUGAAGGCUGGUUGUGGGCUGGGUGUCGUACACAGCACUGUCAGGGAGUGAUGGCAGGCGUUUCAAGACUCUUUACUAAAUUAGUAUUUUUGUUUCCUUCCUUACUAAAAUUUUUAUGGUUAACUUAACAAAGGCAAAUUGUGUGAUAAACUUCAUUUUUUUCUGAUACUUAAAGGGCAUGUUGACCAAAUUGCCACCCUCCCUUUCGUUUCUCCCAUUGUUCUAAAAUAGGACUUUCAUACUAUUAAAACCUCAAAGGGUAAUCCACCCAGGAUGAACAAAGUGUCACCAAGGGGAAGAACACAUUCUCUGUCUCUACUGGAAACAAAUGUUCGGAUGAUAGAUAGUUGUCUUUACUGGGUAUUGUAUUAGAACCCUCCCCACAGGAAAUGAAAUAGUCUUAGCACUCUUAGCAUUAGAGUUCCUAGAUUGGUGUCUAUAGCUACAGUUUAAAAUGUAUAACCUGAAAAUGAAGUUAAUUUUGCAUUAUAAGAGCACACCUAAUCUAUGUAAAAAGUGUCCAUUUGGUGUAUUUUUUUAAAAAAGAGAAAGCACUUUCAUAUUAACAAUUAGCAUGUGUAUGAAUUUUAGAUUUUCAUAUUUGUUGUGUCUGUAUUCAGUGAAGUAAAAUGGAACAUUCAGAUGUUUGUUGAUGACAACAUUAACUAUUAAAGUAAAGCACCUUAUACUCUGCUGCUUAAACUUGCUUGUAAUUGCACCUUUGUUACCUGCACAUUUUCACAUAGACUAUUGUUGUACCUUGCUUCAUGUGGGUCUGGAUGGAAGAUUAGUGGGCCUACAGGAUCAUUUUAUUUAUAUUGUUUAUAUUACAAUAAUAUAUUGUAGACCAGUUGUAAGUUCAUUUCUUUACAAAUAAAGCCUCUUCCAUUUGGCUUGUC